AUGGGAGAAAAUGAAGGCGUUAACGAAUCAUACAAAAUGGGAAAGUUAAAACGUAGCCUAACAAUGAGUUUGUAUUUUGUUGGAAUAUCUACCAUGUCGUGGUUUAUUUGUGUAACCAAAAGGAAGAAGGAGUGGGCUGAUAUAAUGCUAGAUUAUGUUCAUCAUAAAAGAUGUUCCUUUCUCUCCAAUUCGUGGGAACUUUUUUUGAAGAAAAUCAAGUCAUAA